AUGCUGCCAACACAAGAAAAUAUAGCCAUACAAACGGAUAUAUUACCAACACAAAAUAUAGGACAUCUAGAUCAAAAUCAACCACAAGUGUACUCGUUACUAUCUGAUUCAAAGAGUCCUUCAUCAAUAAAAAAGCCUCGACGAAAAAAAACGACGAAAUUAGAAGAAACUAUUCCUGUGAUGCUUAAUCCACAGAUAACAAGAACGCCUACCGGCAUUACUUUUGGUGCACCUUAUCAUCAUCAUCAUCAUCAUCAUUCGAUGACAUUACCAGAAUCUAUACCGUCCUUCGUAUCCGCACCUCUUAUAAAUGGUCAUACGCUUCCUUUUAGACUUUUGAUAGAACAUGAUUCAUAUGAUGCAAAUAAUAAUAUCAAUCAUAAUGAAAUUUCAUCACUUUCUAUGUCUUUAAAUUCUUCAGUAUCAGUUCAAACUCAACAAAGUCCUCCAUGGUCAAAUGAUUCUGUGCGAGUCAUUAAUUCGAAUUCGAUGUCACAAAUGAUCGCGGAAUCACAGCUUGUUGGAUUAAACCGAAUAUUAAACAAUAAAAUUGAUGAGAGAACAGUAUCAAUGUGUUCAACACAGCAAAAUGAAUAUAAAUAUCUUAGCCCAUCAUUUACGUAUAGUCGUCAAGAGUCCCCAAUUAGUCACUUCCACCCUAUUCCAUCCUCGUUAUCUUCCACACAUGUAUCUGCUGUUGCACCUACAAAACCAAAGAACAAGCACCCAAAAAGACUAGAUUCCCGUAGUCCUAUCGAACAGCUACAUUCUACACAACAAAUCUCUCAAUGUCCAACUACUUUUACACAGUCUACGGUUUCAAAUGGCUUGCCAUCUAUAAUACCAACAUCUGUAACUGUAACGCCGAUUAAUUCUGAUGAACCUCCACUUUCCAUGGACAUAUCAAUGACAACAAAUUUCAUACCAUUGACACCACCUGCUUCAAUAAGUUCAAUAAAAUCUCCACCGACUAACAUUAAGAAUGAGUAUUCAUUGAUACCAAUUCAAAAAAAUUUAUUAUCACAGACUACAAAUAAUACUACUGACGUAAACUCAAUAUCAAGACAAUAUUUUCAUGAUCAAAGAUAUUCUCAAAUGCAAAACACAAUUAAUAAUUCAAAUACGAAUAAUUUGCCAUACAAUUUACAGCGUUUAUUAGUUGCUGCUAAUCAACAAUACUGUAUGGUUCAUUCUGACUUGAUACCUACAAACAUUCUACCAUUGACAUGUGCUUCUAUUUUACCUGGAACUAUCGCUACUACUCCUUCAAUAUUAAUGGCAUCUGACAUAAAAAAGAAAAGGAAAAGAUGUGUUCGAAAACCUAAAGUUAUGCAAAGUCCUAUAGGGGAAAUUUCAACACAUGAACAAUCUUUGACUUCUAAAUCAUUAACAGCAGCUGUAUCUACUACUAAAGAAAGAAAACAUAAAAAAUCAAGUAAGAAAGAUAUUCGCCCAAAAAAACAAUUACAACGUCUUACACGUCGAAAUCGAUUGGCUGUUCUCAAGUUCAUGAUGCAAAAGCGAAAACAACAAAAACAAGAACGCAUAUCAAUACAAAAACUUCCUGAUAUCAAAACACAACAAGUUGUACCGAAAUUGAUCAGCACUCAGACGGUGAAUUCAGACAAAAUUGAGCCACAUUUACCAGAUAUUAUUGCACCAACUGGUAAUUGUUUUUUUCAACGUACUAAUGAUUUAUGCUAUGGUCUAAGUGAAGCAGAUACAAAUGAAGAACUAUGUAGUGGAUCAUACUAUUCCGAUAGUGAUAUCAAAGAACUUGAUGGAUUUGCAUAUGCUGAAAAUUGUCGUCCUGUAAAUGUAUUACCAAAACUAUGUGAUUUUAAUUGUGGUCUUGGUCAACAAUGUCAAUUGAUAAACAAUGAAGAAAUGUGUGUAUGCAGUGAAGCAUCAUGUACUUCAUCGGAUUCAUUAUCAUCUAAAAUUGAACAACAUCCAUUAUGUGCAUCAAAUAAUAUGACAUUUAGUUCAGAAUGUGCGAUGGAAGCUUGGAAAUGCUUCAAUCAACAGUCAGCAUUAUAUAAAAAAUAUGAUGGUGAAUGUCAAAAGGAUUGUCAAAAUGUUAGAUGUCCAUCUCAUAAAGUUUGUUUAUUAGUUCAAAAUACAGGUGAGCCAAUAUGUUAUCCAAAAAAUCAUUGUAAUUCAACAUUAAAUCCUGAACCAGUUUGUGAUACAAAUGGUAUUACAUAUCCAAAUAUUUGUGUCAUGCGUCUAAGUUCUAAUCGACAAGGUCAAACACCUGUAUUAGCCCAUAAAGGUUCUUGUGAAAAUGAAUGUCGACCAGAUCUGUGUGAAGCAAAUGAACGUUGUGUGUAUUCUAAACAAUUUCGUCCAGUUUGUAUACGUUGUCAAUAUUCUUCGACAUUUUUAAAACAUAGUGGUGAAUGUACUAUGAAUAUACCAAUAUGUGGUGAUGAUCAAAAUUUAUAUGAAAAUUAUUGUUCUCUAUUAUUUGCCCAAUGUUAUAAAAAUCAGUAUAUUAAUAUAACUGGUUAUGGUGCAUGUCCGACUAAAAAACGUAAGAAUAUUAAUAGAAAUAAAUUCAAAUAUUUAAAUCGAUUUUCAAAAUUGAAAGUGAAUUGA